AUGGCAACUCCCGCACCCUCCGCACAGGUUCUUCCCGUCUCAAACCCUCAAACCACCAUCACUAACACCGUCACCACCGCGGAAACUCAGCCAUCGCAGACCGCAUUCCGCGCCCUCAUAUCCUACUUCUCCGACUCCCUCCGCCACAGCCUCUCGCAUCGGCGCCCCUGGCCGGAGCUCCUGGACCGGUCUGCACUCGCCAAACCGAUGUCCUUCUCGGAGGCAACGGUGCGCGUAAGGCACAACGUCUCCUACUUCCGCGUCAACUACUACGUCGUGGUUUCGCUGAUCUUGGCGGUGUCGCUCCUCACGAGCCCCUUCUCCCUGGUGCUUCUCCUCGCCCUCCUCGCCUCCUGGCUCGUCCUCUACCUCCUCCGCCCCAGCGACCGCCCCCUCCACCUCUUCGGCCGCACCUUCACGGACUUCGAGACGCUCUCGCUCCUCGCCGGCUGCUCCUUCGUCCUCCUCUUCCUCACCCCUCUUGGUUCUCUCCUCGUCACCGCCUUCACCCUCUCCGUCGCCCUCGUCGCUGCCCAUGCCGCCUUCAGAGUCCCCGAGGACCUCUUCCUCGACGACCGCGACGCCUCCCAGCCCGCCGGCUUCCUCUCCAUCCUCCGCGCCGCCGUCAACGUGCCUCCCCCCGCUCCACCCGUCCCCGCCCGCGGUUGA